AUGACCGUUCCUCCCGUUGCGCAGUUCGUAGCCCUGUUUGCCGUCAUUGCCGUGGCCAGUGCCAUCGGAGAGUACCACCAUCACGAGCCGACCGGUGCACCGAUCAAGAUCAUCCACAGUGAGUCGUACCACGGUCACGAUGGGGCGUACAAGUUUGGGUACGAGUCGGCCAACGGCAUCUCGGCCCAGGAGCAGGGAUUCGUCAAGAACGCCGGCAGCAAGGACCACGAGGUGCAGGUCGCCCACGGUUCGUUCUCGUACACCGACCCGCACGGACACCCGGUCUCGCUGAGCUACGUCGCCGACGAGCACGGAUUCCAGGCGAAGGGCUCCCACAUCCCGACGCCGCCGCCGGUGCCGAAGGAGCUGGUCGAUGCGUACGCCAAGGCCGCCAGCCAGCCCCAGGCUCCGCACCACGAGGAACCGCAGCACUACGUGCCGCAGCCCAGCUACAAGCACAGCUACUAG